UAACAUAACACAAACAUUUAGCUUUACAAUUAUCUUAGAAGAAAAAAAGUACAAACAACAAAUUAAAGAGAAAUAUGGCAAGCAACAAUUACCAUGUUCGCUCAAACAGUUUUCCUUCUCAAUCUCAUCCUAACUCCACAAGAAUAGAACAAGAGCUAACCAAAAUGAAGACAUGGGAAGCCACAUCAACAUCCACAUCUGAUUCAAUUACCAAUGGCCUCUUCUUGCUUGAAGAUUUGUAUAUAUCUUUGGAAGAUCUUCUAAAUAUGACAUCAACACAGAAGCUUGUUUCUCACCAUCAAGGUGAGAAAUUUGUGGAAGAGUUGUUGGAUGGUUCAAUGAAAAUGUUGGAUAUAUGUGGCAUUACAAGGGACACUAUGUUACAAAUUAAAGAAAAUGUUCAAUCACUUCACUCUUCUCUUAGAAGGAAAAAGGGAGAUUCAAGCAUUGAAAAAAGUGUAGCAGAAUAUAAAUUUUUCACAAAGAAGAUGAAGAAGAAUGUCACAAAGUUGAUCACAUCUUUAAAACAUAUGGAAAGUAAAUUUGGAGCUUCUUCACUUUUGAAUAAAGAUCAAGACCUUGUUGCAGUGAUUACAGUUCUUAGAGAGGUCAUUGCAAUGAACUUGUCUAUCUUUCGAUCCCUUUUUUCUUUCUUGGUUGGAUCUUCAUCAAAGUCAAAGGCAACCAAAUGGUUGAAAGUAGCAAAGUUGAUGCAAAAGAGGGUAACAUGCGAAGAGAACAUGGAGAAUUUCAAUGAAUUGCAGUGUGUUGAAGCAUCUUUAAGAACCCUUUCAAGUGAAGAUUCUAAUGUUGCACAUGAAAGAUUUGAGGCUUUCGAGAAUGCAAUUGAAAGUAUAGAAAAUGGUUUAGAGAAUAUAUUUAGGCGUUUGGUUAAAACUAGAGUUUGUCUUUUGAACAUCAUGACUCUAUCUUAGGAAUCUGAUGAGGAUUGAAAAUUUUUGCACAGACAAUAUGUAUAUAAAUAUUAUGUAUACAAUUUAAUAGUAAUACAGGCAAAUAGAAAUGACACAUUUUUUUAUCUA